CCGCACAAAUGUUUUGGGAGAUGCGUUUGAGCAGCUCAAACAACUGCGUUCGGCGUAGCUGAAGCGGGAACAUGAAGCCUGCUCUUGGGGUCCUUUUGCCGUGCCUGGCCCUGUUGCUCCCCUCCGCAGCGCUGCCGAGAAAAGAGAGCCCAGGGGAAAGGGUCUCCCCUGCUGGCGCGCUGGAGCUGAGCCUCUCGGAGGAGCUGGGACUUGAAGCAGAGGAGAGAAGAAGAGAAAAUGCAAGCGUGCAGGCCAGAGCGGGACCCAGCUCAUUGGCGAGAUCGAAGAGGACCGCUGCUACUCGCCUCUUCUCCAAGACGGAGCCAGGAGCAGGGUGCCUGCAAGCGAUGCCUGCGGAUGGGGGCAUCGGCUGGGCUGGCUCCAGCCUCCACCCCUGGCCUCUGGGGGGGCUGGAGGGCCCAGUGUGCAGGAUGAAGAUGGACCAGGACCAGGACGGGGUCCCGCCGAGCCACCUGGAAGUCGUGGGUGUUCUCACCCACUACGAAAGCGGCUUCAUCAAGCUGCUGAGGCAGCACGCCGGCUGGGACCGGAGCGGUCUCGCAACCUUUGGGCUGUGCCCGGCGGGGGACGCGGGCGCUGCGCUCCGGCCCCUGCAGCGCAUCCAGGAGCACCUGGCGGAGCCGGGGCAGGACCGGUUCCUCGUCCUGCGCCUGGAGGAAGUGAAGUGGGAUGCCCAGGCGAGGCUGUGGUUUAAGCUGGCUUUCCAGGCAGAGGUGGGGCGGUCGCUGGGUGAGCUGCGGUUCGCCCUGCUGCUCUUCUACCCGGGCAGCCGAGUGGGGAGAGGCGCCGGGAGCCACGAGGAGCUGCUGGCCGCGGGCACAGGGCUGGCUCAGGAGCAGAGCCUCUGCCUCGCCAGGGACACCCAGUACUUGGUCCUUGGAGCCUCGGUAGCAUCUGUGACCCGCACCAGCGAGGAGCUCAGCUUCCAGGCGUCCCUGGCCAUCAGGCAUCGCGGCGACGGAGGUGCCCUCCUGCCCCCCACGGAGACCCAGCAGCUCCUCUUCGGCUCGGACGACAAAUGCUUCACCAGGAUGACCCCCGUGCUGCUCCUGCUGGCGAAGUCACGGCGGGGGCAUGAUGCUUCGGCCCCUUCCUCCUACCUCUCUGCCGACGGGGUGGUGGACGUGGCUCCCUACCCACAGCUCAGCCCACCCCAGCCUGAGACUGUGGAACUGCUGCCCUCCACUGCCCCCAGCCAGGCCAACGCCUCGUCCCUGGCCCCCGGGGACAGCGGGCAGUUCCUGGGCAUGCUGACCCGCUUCAUCCGCCGGGUGCUGAGCUCCUCCAGCGAGCCGCCCACCCAGCCCAGCUCCCAUCACUGGCUGGACUUCCAGAUGAUGGAGAUGCUCCCUCACCAGCUGCUCAACCUGUCCAAGACAGCGGCGCUGGAGCGGCUGGUGCAGUCGGAGGAGCCCUCGGUGCUGCUUUUCCCCCAGGAGGGCAGCACCGGGCUGGAGCAGCAUUUCGGGGACUGGCAGCCGGAGGGGACCGUGCUGCAGCUGCUGAUGGGCAAGCUGCAGGCGGUGAUCCAGGAGCUGAGGGACAUCCCGGCGUUCCAGGCCAACACGGGGCUUUUCCAGCAUCUCCUGAGCUUCUGCUAUUACCCGCCAGGGCCAGGCACGGGCAGCGUGGGCGAGCGGCCGCCCGGCUCCGGGAAACUGCACGCACUGCUGCUGCUGAAGGCGCUGCAGACGGUGCGGGCGCACUGGCAGGAGCGGAGGAAAGUCCUGCGGCAAAACCGCAGCGCCCGGCACCAGGCCCACUGCCGGCUGCAGGAGCUGACCAUCGACCUGCACGACCGCAAGUUCAUCGUCAUGCCCACCGUUUACGCGGCCAACAACUGCGAGGGUCCCUGCAAGCUGCCCCUCUCCACCCGCGUCCCCAGCUACUACUCGCACACGGUGCUGCUGCUGGGCAUGCAGGAGCGGGGCUCGCCCCUGCAGCGCGCUCCCUGCUGCGUGCCCAUCCGCUAUUCGGACCAGCUCAUCAUCAGCGUGUCCAGCCAGGGGCUGGAGGUGCGCAAGUUCCCCAACAUGGUGGCAGAGGAGUGCGGCUGUCGGUAGAGGCUCCUGCCCACAGCCCUGGAGCGCCCUCGCAGCUUUGCUUCUUGCCGAGACAUGAGCACUCCUCCGCAUGUCUUUUCCCCUUGGUUUGCCUUGCUAGCGUUGUUCUGGUUCUGGGUUUGCAGC